UCACACCAAAAGUCUCACUUUGCUUUGCGCAAUUCCAUCAAACCUUUGAGCUACUUUCAUCCUUCCACAACCACAAUCGCAACCACCAUGUCAACCUGCCCAGUUUCCGAGACCCGCCUCAGCCAGAUCGCUGCCGACGCUUGCGACAAUGCCUUCAGCAGCGCCACCUCAUACAACCACGCCCAGACCGAGCAAUGGAACUCCGACAUCAUUAAAGGCAUCUUGACCGCUCUCAUCUCCGAGUCCAAGGGCGAGGUCCAGUACAAGUUCGCCGUAAACUCCACAAUCAUCCAGCACCUGACAGACCCUCGUCCCGCCGGCUCUGAUGCCUCUCCGACCCCAACCACUGGCACUGGCACUGUCGGUCGCCGCGGAAUGCACUCCGCUACUGGUGCCUACUGGAACACCGAGAAGGACGGUAUCUGGAACUACAAGUACGAGGGCGGCGAGGCCAAGGGCAUGGAUGUCGUCGUCUGUGUCAUGUGGGUUGCAAACUGAGCCAUUGGCCCACUUGGGCACCUACUUGAAACUUUCGAUCCAGAUACACCAACAUCGACACUCUCUCCCAACCCUCAGCUGUACAUGGUAUCAAGGGACACGAACAUACGAAUCGCAACGUUAGCCUCCCGCGUGGCAGCUACUACGGUA